AUGUAUCCUACUCGAAAAGCACCUAAUCCACCUGCUUCCUAUUCAAUGGAAAUUGAUAACAAACUUCCACCAAACCAUCCUUUCGCAACCUACUAUAUACCUCCGUCUCAUCAUCAGACACUUCGCUCCUCAAAAACCGAUAGAACAAUAUCAAGACCUAUGAGAUAUGAUCAACGCCAAUCCACUCAUCCUUCUUAUUCAAGAUCUUCAUCUACAUCCCCAUCUACUCCAAAUCGAAUAAACCCCUAUGCUCCAUUACCCACAGAACUAUCAUUAUUCGACCCCAAAUCAAGACAGACGUUACUUAGUGAUGUCGAAUAUAUUUUAGGCAAGAAAUUACAUUUUCCAUUCAUCAAUUCAUUUACCAAAGACAGGAAGAAGAAGGAGAAGAAAAUGAGCAAAUUGAUUAAAGGAAAAGAGGAAAAAGAAGGUUGGGUAUGGUUACCCGAGAACAACGUUGUGAUUAUAGACAAACAGAGAGGAAGAGGCGUGAGGGAAGGUAAUUAUAUCUAG